AGUAGAUUAGAGACAUCAUAACGAUAUCACAGCUGUUUAGUUGCAAAUAACACAAUGGUGUAACAAAACAGUAAAAUUGGUUACUUUCUUUAUAAGUGUGAAUUGUGAAGUGCUCAUUUUCAUAGUUUAACUAGUACCUGAACUAUUUCUUCGAAGUAUCUUAGCAGAAAUAACUUUUAUUUUUGUUUCAAGGCCUGCAUAAUUCCUUUAUUGUUUACGAAAUCGUUCACGUACGUUACCUAAUACCAAUCAAUAUCAGCACAGCAUCGCUACUGAUAAUUUUCGUUCGAUUUCACAGAAGAACGGUAUUAUUAUGUGUAUAUUAACACAAAGUAUUGUUCAUUACUUAGUAGUCGUUAAAUGUGUUCAUUGUACUCCCCCUAAGCGCCCGUAAUGUGUCGCUUGAGCGCUAGUGUCAGUUGCCGCGCAAACAGGAUAAGGGCAAGACUGAAAUGAUAAAAAAUAAUUGAUCUCUUUUUGAGCAUUUAUUAUUAUAGUACUUAUUUAACUUGUAAAAGUGCUUAAUAAACUUAAUAUGGAGUCUGAAGAUGAUAUUCAACCCCUGAUUGAGGAAGAAGUUAUUGAGUCUACAUCUAGAGAUCUUUAUUUAGAAUUGAAUACUCAGGGAAUUCAUACAGAUCCAGAAUUUGAACAGGUAGUGUACGGCUACCGGAGAAGCAGAUGGCGGACCAACCUGGUGCAUUUCUUCUCGAUCUUGUUCUGCGGGAUACCGGCAUUGCUGUUCCAUUGGUGCCCCACCUGGUACCUGUAUGCCACCUGUACAAGGGUGUGCUUCCAGCUGGCUGACCAAGUUUUAGUAGUGGAAACAUAUCAGAAGAAAUGCAAGACACACUACAUACACAAAAUUAUAGAGAAGACAAUAGCAAAUACAAGUGGCUUGCUGAACGAGGGCUUCGCCGACGAGGCCGGGGAGAAGAUCCAGCACAAAGUUGGGGAUUUAUACACCCCGCUACACUUGGACGAUGGCACCACACUUAAUGUGGACAGCUACAGAUACUUCAAGCAUAAAAAGCAGUUUCUCGUAUGGGACGGUUCUCGCGCGCAAUGGGCCCUCCUGGCCGGAGUAGAGAGCGGUGCCACAUGCGCGCAGCUCCACGCCAUGGGUGCUGUAUCGCCGGGGGCGGAAAAGAGAGCUCGAAUGUUAAACAUCUACGGCCUAAACGAGAUAAAAGUCCCAGUUCAAAGCAUCAUGACGCUCAUUCUACUAGAAGUAGUGAACCCAUUCUACGUGUUCCAACUGUUCACUAUAGCCGUGUGGCUGGCCGAGCCAUACUACUAUUACUGUGGGGCUGUGGUGCUCAUGUCCACAUUUGGUGUAGCCACGUCUGUUAUACAGACUAAGAAGAACCAAGAAAGCCUCCGUGCAACCGUGGAAGCGCACGCAUCAGUUACUUUACUGGACGGGCGAGAAGUAGACUCCCGUGCCGUGGCGCCUGGUGACGUCAUCACGCUGCCCCCGCACGGCUGCGUGAUGCUAUGCGACUGCGCACUCUUGGCCGGCUCCGCUAUAGUCAACGAGAGUAUGCUCACAGGCGAGUCUGUGCCGGUGACGAAAACUGCAUUACUUCGCGUCGACAAACCGUUCCACUUCAAGGAGCAUGCUUCCAGUGUCCUGUUUUGUGGAACACGAGUUAUUCAGACGAGAUACUACAACAAUGAGCCGGUUAGAGCAUUGGUCCUUCGAACCGGAUACAACACAAGCAAGGGUCAACUGGUCAGAAGCAUUCUGUACCCGACUCCGGCCGAUUUCAAGUUUGACCGGGACUCCUACAAGUUCAUUAUAAUAUUGGCAGUCAUUGCUUUACUGGGACUUGCCUAUACUGUUGCACUAAAGGCCUACCGCCACUUAACUCCCGGUGACAUCGCGAUUAAAGCUCUCGACAUAAUAACUAUAGUGGUUCCCCCGGCUUUGCCUGCCGCUAUGACAGUAGGCAGACUGUACGCUGUGUCGCGGCUUAAACGCGCGCGUGUCGCCUGCCUUAAUACGAGGGCGGUCAAUGUUAGCGGGUCGCUGGAUUGCAUUUGUUUUGAUAAGACUGGCACCCUAACCGAAGACGGUCUCGACAUGUGGGGAGCCAUUCCCGUCAGUGCCGCCGUCACUCCGCCGCGUCUGUCGAGGCCUUUACGGGACCCAAGACAACUGAACGAUCUCCACGAUCUCAAGCUAGGCAUGGCGGCUUGUCAUAGUCUCACGUUGCUUAACGGAGAGUUAGCUGGAGACCCAUUGGACCUUAAGAUGUUCGAUUCCACCGGUUGGACGUUAGAAGAGCCCGCAGUGCCGGAAACAACGAACUACGAGUUACUGACACCGACUAUUGUGCGACCGAAUAGGACUGCUAACAUCAACGUUGAUGAUAUACAUCUGCCUCUAGAAGUGGGUAUAGUCCAGCAACACCAGUUCGUGUCAUCUCUCCAACGUGCCUCAGUAGUGGCUCGGAUAUUGGGCGAAGAUGUCCUUAGGGUUUACUGCAAGGGCGCCCCCGAGAUGAUACGUACGCUGUCCAAGAGUGAAACAGUACCCGAAGACUUGGAUGAAAUCCUCCACUUCUACGCAGAGAAGGGGUAUCGCGUGAUCGCAGUGGGCACCAGAAUGCUCGAGAAGACACACAGGGAGCUACAGAAGAUGACUAGGGAAGAGGUAGAAUGCGAGCUAGAGUUCCUCGGGCUGGUAAUAAUGGAGAACCGAUUGAAACCAGCGACUACACCCAUCAUUAGGGAGCUCAAGGAGGCCAACAUACAAGUCGUCAUGAUUACUGGUGACAACAUCCACACAGCAGUGAGCGUCGCCAAAGAAUGCGGCAUCUUAGCUCCUGGCGAGCGCGUGGUGCAUCUCUGCGUCGAGAGCAGUGGUCUGGUGCCCGUUGUUUGCUGUGAAAGCUCGAGGCAUGGGGCACCGGUAGGGAGGCGUACUGCAUUGACUAGGUCCUGGCGUUCUGUGGACAGCGGCAGAGGCUCCUCUCGAAGUGCGUUGACAGACUCAGAGGCGCCAUCUGAAGACCCUAACUACAAGGUCGUCAUGACGGGAGAUACAUGGAAGGUGCUACGCGAGCACUACCCCCAACAGGUGCCGCGAGUGAUCGAGCGAGGCGCCGUGUUCGCGCGAAUGUCCUCCGAUCAGAAACAACAACUCGUCACUGAGUAUCAAGCCCUAGGCUACUACGUUGGAAUGUGUGGUGACGGCGCGAAUGACUGUGGCGCCCUCAGAGCCGCUCACACCGGCAUAUCUCUCUCCGAAUUAGAGUCCAGCGUUGCCGCACCUUUUACCUCUUCCGACCCCGACAUAGUUUGUGUAGCGAGGGUCUUGCGCGAAGGCCGAGCGGCACUCACCACCAGCUUUGGCGUCUUCAAAUUCAUGGUAGCCUAUUCCUUAACCGAAUUCUUUUCUGUUGCGUUUUUGUACUACUUCGACUCAAACUUAACUGACUUCCAAUUCCUAUACAUAGAUGUCGCUAUGAUCGUUAAUUUCGCUUUCUUUUUCGGUAUGACUGAAGCGUAUCGAGGCAAACUCUGUAAGAUACCACCGUUAACUUCCUUAUUAGGCUUAGUACCGUUAGUAUCUUUAGUCGGACAGAUGAUUCUUAUCGGCAUAGCGCAAUAUUUAAGCUAUUUUGCUUUGACAUUCUUUCCUUGGUAUGAAAGGCAUUUGUAUGAAGGCGAAGAAGAGAAUGAGUGUUGGGAAAAUUACGCCAUUUUUACAGUAUCCAUGUUUCAAUAUAUAGUCAUGCCUAUAGUUUUCUCACACGGCGCCCCGUACAGAAGAUCUGUUAUCACUAAUAAAUCCCUAAUUAUCAGUAUGAUUAUAAUGACUGUCAUAUCUGUUUACAUAACGGUUGCCCCAGCGAAAUUCUUAGCAGAAUUCUUACAAUUGAGAAUGCCGAAAGAUGUUUUACUAAGUUAUAUAGUUUUAGCUAUAGCCGCAUUCCAUUUUGUGAUAGCGGUGUUUUUCGAAAGAGUUAUAGUACAGUAUCUUAUGGAAAGAAAGGAGAUGGUACCGAAAUGUUUGAAAGAAAGACGAGUUAGGAAGACACCGCAUCUAAUGAUUAAACGGGAGUUGACAGAUUUCGAUUAUUUGGAAUGUGAUAGUGAAGUUAAAUUUAUGAGAGAAGGAAGCUCUGGCAAAUGAGGCUAGUAACUAUUUAGGAUGAAAUAAAAAGGACUGUUCAAACUUGGCAUAAUAGUGACUUUUGAGGUCAUAAUGAUCAACUUUUAUUUAAAAAAAAUAUAGGUAUAUGUAUUUUUUUUUUACAUUUUCCUUCAUAACUCUUUUUUUUUUUCCACAACAAAAAAAUUAUAAAAAAUAGUUUUGAUAUGUAAAAUUUGAGUUCUUUCUAAAGAUACUCCACUUGAACUAGUAACUUGACGUUUACAGUUUGCCCCCUUCCAUUUUGACCAUUUUCUAUAAUUAAUAUUAGUUUAUUUUUUUAAAUAAUAAACAUCAGCUUGUAGAGGUUCAAAAUGUUUAGAACUGUUCCAAAUUUUAAAUCGAUAGCAUAAGUAGUUCUCGAGAUAUUUUGAAAUGUGACAGACGGACAGAGCGGCGCCAUAACCUCCUUUUGUACCUUUUUGGUACGGAACCCUAAAAAUGCUGUUACAUAUAUUCCGACUGACGCGAUGCCGCUCAUUGCUAUGGAACAGCUAAAUUUUUUUUUGCGAUUUCAGCUUUGGUCCCAGUUGUUAAUUAUGAUCUCAAAACUCACUAUGCAAAGUUUGAACGGCCCUUUUUAUUUGACCGUGUAUAAAAGAUGUAACCUAUCGUACAAAAGUAAUUAUUUAUUGGCUUAGCCAUAUAUUUCAACAAAGAAUUAAAACUGAUAUUAUUUACAAGUUUUCGCUGUGCGCGUAAAAUAUGUCGGUUUAUUAUGUUUCUUACGUAUACACAAAUAGUUGGUUGUAUAUCGAUAUUAAGAAAAUUUUAGACUAUAGUUACCAAUAUUUAUUGCUGGUAGAAUUUUUAAGAGAUAAUUAUUAUAAUUAUGGCUUGUAUUAUGAUUUACCGUGUGGUAUUAUAAUAUUUCAAGAAUAUCUUCCACAUAAUAUAAUUAUUAUUACCUCUUCAUCACGGAUUUAGUACUUUUGAGUAUUAAAUUUUGUAGCUUUUACUAUAAGUAAAAAGAGUAAACAUUAUUUUAACAUGAAUUUGUAUAUAUAUUGUUUUAAAAUUUAUUUACAACAUGUGUACGAUAAAAAUUUGUGUUAAUGUCAAUUGAGACAGCUAUCGACAGUCGCCAGAUAUAGUUCAGCUCAGGCAGGCAAGCAUGGUCGCGCGAUAAACAUCAGGCCGUCCCAUCGCACUUAGAAAUAGUGCGAAAGGGACAGCAUGAUGUUUUAUCGUUUAUCGCGCGAUCAUGCUAUUCUUGCAGAUAUUUUUGAGCACCUCGGGCGCUUCGAUUUAUCAGACGGCGACUGUACUAAAUAUUCGUUUUAUGAGAUCUCUUAUGACAUUUUUAUUUAACUGUAUUUUUGUGCAUUUUUGCACACACUUUGCAUUCUGUUGCAGUAUUUUUAAUAAUUGUUACGAAUUUUUCUAUGAAUUUUACUAACUAUUAACAUUAUUUUUAAUUUAACAUAGUUUUAAGCACAAUGUGAUAGUAUACCGGAUGUACACAAAGAUAAGUGCCUUAUGAGUUUAUUUAGUAAAUAAAAUAUCGUCACUACUUUAAAAAAAUUUCGUAUCUCACGCUGCUUCUCAAAGUUAAAACGCAGUAAGUCUAUAUGCAUUCCAUACACACUUACUACAAUUUUCUUUUCAUUGACAGACGAAGAUACAAGUUUUUUUAAAGUAGUGACGAUUUAAUAUAAUAUUACUGUAUGUAAAAAUAUGAAAACAUUCCGAAUAAACUGUCGGUGCUGUGCAUACCAAAUAAUAUAUAAUUCUAUCUAAUCUUCUAUCCUAUUCUGAUCUGCCAGUGACGAGUUUAUAUCAAUAAUAAUGUAUAAUUAAUAUAAACUUAAACGUUGUUCCUCCAAAAUAUAUAUACAGUAAGCUAAGCUGCAAAAGUGCAUGGCGAAUUUAUUCUCCAUGCAAUUUUAAAGCUCACUGUAACUAGGAUUAAUAAGGUUCAGCUGGGGUUAAUUUAUUUCACAUUUUUUUCUACUUUUAUUAACAUAUUCAAUCAAGUGAUCUGCUAGGCGGGUAGACAAGAUGCCAAAUGCCAAUCAUUGACGCGCCGUAGCCUAUCGGUGUAAUACAGCACGACCACUGACGAUUUUAUUAUUUCUGUUGCGGUACAAAUUCACGAAAAAAUUUACUUUUUGUACUUAUGUUUAAAACAAAUGUACCCUUAAGGUUUCGGAGUUCCGACAUAGGGGCCGUGGUCGUGCUAGGUAGGUACUCCAUGGCACAACCACACUGUAUGCGGUACAAAUUCACGAAUAAAAUGUACUUUUUUGUACUUAACUUUUUAAAAAAAGUACCCGCAUGGUUUCGGAGUUUCGACAUGAGUUGUGGUCAUGCUAGAUAGAUACUCCCUGGCAUGACCACACUAUAUUUAUAUUUAAUUUUAUAGUCAAAUGAAUGCUAAUCAAAUGUUUUGAAAUUGUACUAUCUACAUUACUUCAAAAACUUAAGGCCCAUUUAGACGGUACGAGAACUCGCAUACGAGUUUUAUUACAUUGCGGUAUUUGAUGACAGUAAAAAAUCGUAUGUCACCUCAACAGCCCGCAAUGUAACUAAAAUCGCAUGCGAGUUCGCACGCCGUCUAAAUCAGGCCUUAGUGUGGUUGUGCCUGCGUGCGUGGUUUCGAAGUUACGAAUCAAUAUAACCAAAGGUAUUUCUAUCCAAUUAUGAAUAUUGCUGUAUUCCAAGUGUGUUGCGUAUCUUAUGAUAAUUUUCUUAUGACUUAUUUAACAGCUGCAGAAAGAACGCACAAAUAAUAUGAAUAUUGCACAAAUGUGUCUUAAUUUUAGUUACAUUUUCGAAUAACUCUUUUGAUACUUUUUCGAUUGUAUUUAUAAGCUCGAUAGUUUUGUGAUUUUAACGCGUGAUAUUAUGAAUGUUAGGAUAUUAAUGGAA